UCGGUAAACUGACAACAGGAACAUUGUUAUCAGUUUUGAGUUUUCAUUAUUUUUAAAUCACUCUAAUUUGAAUAAUAUUCAUCGCGUUCGGUUGAAAUUCGAACUCUCGAACCGUAUUAUGAUCAUUAUUGCUUGAAUUGAAUCAACUACGUCGAAGUCAUGUUCUGCCGUAAACCCGUUUUCCUGAACGUGAUCCUGAAGACCAUCAAACCGGUACGAAACUCCAGCAACCUAGUCAACGAAACGAAAGAAAAAUGGGAAAUAUUCUGCGGCGUUUGCUUAGAACGUAAACCAACAAUUAGCAGACCACUGAACAAAUUAGAAACAUCAUUCUCCAAAAUGCUGCAGGAACUGGAACUAGAAAACAGUGUGAAAUCCGAGCACGAAUUACGACACGAAGGUGAUGUAAAAAGAGCCGACGAUAUAGCCAAGAAUAGACUGUCGGUCGAAGAUUUGGAAAAAAACACCGGUCAAACGGCGUUGGAAUUCGAAGACUCGUGUAGAAAAGAACUAGCUCAAUUCACUCCAGCCUCCAGAAUAACCGAAGCUGAUGAAAAGAACGAUGUGAAAUCCACCGAAAGGAAACUAGAUCAGCAUUUGUUGUACAUCGUUAACGUUAAACUGGGCAAAGAACCGGUAUGGAUUUUACCUCAAGAUAUCGUUAAAGAAGAUGAAAAUUUAAAAACCGCUGCCGAAAGAAUAUUAUCGGAGAAGUUUGGUGCUGGUGUCAAAGCCAAGUUCUUGGGGAAUGCUCCUUGCGGUUUUUAUAAAUACAAGUACCCGAAGGUUAUUCAAGAGAAAGAGAAUGCCACCGGAGCGAAGGUUUUUUUCAUGAAAGCUUUGUAUUUAGGAGGAAGUGUCGAUAAAAAUAUUGAUAAUUAUAAUUGGGCGACCAGAAAUGAACUUCCGGAUAAAUUCGUUGAUAAAUAUUAUAACGCUGUUCAUAGUUUUCUAAUCGAUGACGAACCUGUAGAUUUAUCGUAAUAGUGUAUUAUUUUGUUAAAUAAAUUUGAUAAUGUUUUAGAAGGUUA